AUGGGGGCGGCCGAGGUGGGCGGCAGCGGCAGCGUCGCGGCGCCUUCAGAGGCAGGCGGCGGCAUGCCCACAGCGGCGCGCGUGGUGGGCGGCAGCAAUGCGCCAAAGGUGGCACAUAUGGCGUGCUUCAGCGGCGCGCCCACAGCGGCGCGCGUGGCGGCUGGCGGCGAUGCACCACAGGUGGCACACAUGGCAGGCUUCGGCGGUGCGCCUACAGCGGCACGCAUGACGGGCGGUGGCGAUGUGCCACAGGUGGCACAUAUGGCGAGUUUCGGCGGCUCGCCCACAGCGGCGUGCAUGGUGGGCGGUGGCGAUGCGCCACAGGUGGCACACCUGGUGGGCGGAGGUGGCGUGGCGCCUUCAGCAGCGUAUGCGGUGGUCGGCUGGGGCGCACCCCCCAUGGUGGGCGGUGGCGCGGUGCCUUCAGCGACGCGCAUGACAUGUGUAGGUGGCGCGCCCACAGUGGCGCGCGCGGCGGCGUCGUGGGCGGCGUGA